AGCGGGAGUGCCCUAAGGGCUGCGGAGCUUGGCUAGGAGCUGGCGGGCACCGACUCCCAAGCUCCGUGAAGUGAAAGCGGCUGGAGCGGCGCGGGCCGCGCGUGAGAACUCGCGCGGGCGAGCCGAUGGGAGGAGGCAGAGAUUGUUCUUACCCUGCUGAGACCAAGAAAGGGAACGAGAUGGACACCUGAGAGAGGAGAACGUGAACAGCAAAGGAAGAAAGGGACACAGAUCAACGACCCAGUGAGGUUUGGACAUUGAACUGUGAGUGACUUCUGGGCGUCUUUAGGAGCCGGCAACAUGAUAGAAGAUAUCAAGACCAAAAUGAAAAAUUACAAGACUGCCCCUUUGGACAGUCGCAUCCCCAACCAGAACCAGACCAGGAACUGCUGGCAGAACCACCUGGAUUUCCACCUCUGUGAGAAGGCCAUGACCGCUAAAGCUGGUGAUGUCUCCAUGUAUGAAUGGUACUGGCUUGUGUACAAGUUCCUUUGUCCCAUUUCCUGGCUGUCGGCCUCAGAUGACAGUGGGGCAGCAUGCACGUUUCCUGGGAAGAUCUGAACUGGCUGCGCCCCACCUGUCCUCUGUCCUCCAUCCUUCUUCCAGGGAGGUGAAGGAGGACCUGGGUGCAUCCCACCCUAAGAUCUUGGAUCAUAGCUUAAUUAAUAAUAAAUACUUGUUAGAAAGGUGUAAAAAAUGGUUACAGGUUUGGUCUAAUAGAUGAGAAUUUGGCUUACAAUUUUACUUCUGUGAGUUUGUUAUGUUUUUAUAAGUCCCUUUUACUUAAUCUUGUUUUUAAACCAAUGACUAGUUAAUUUUAAUACUUGUAUAUCAAUUAGAAUUUAGGUUGGCUGCACAUAACA